GGUGCCCCCACCACCAUCACUCCUCCCCAUCCCCUCUCUCUUGAGUCUUACGUCCACUUCCCCAUUGGUUACAUUAGCAUUUCGUCUUUUUCCUCCACCAUUUUUUCUUUCCCCUCCGGCCCCCACCACCUCUUAUUCUUUUCUCUUGCCUCUUCAGCCGCACAUUCAUCCGUCUUAGCCUCACCACCCACCAACCCCCCCGUUUCUUGAAAUCGAUGUACUAGCAUUCCUCCUCCUAGUCUGGAACUAGUGCUCAAGUACUAGCGAUUUUCUUUCUAAUUUUUUUUCUGACAUCUGUUUCUAUGUGAAUCGUUGGUAUGGGGGAUCGGAACGCUGCGAGGAUGAAUAUCAGUGCAUGCGACACCGUUUACGGGUUAGUCAUACCCUAUCUCACGGACUCGCGUGACAGGGACGCGGUGUCUCUGGUGUGUAGGAGGUGGUAUGAAAUUGACGCGAUUACACGUAAGCACGUCACCAUGGCGCUCUGCUACACGGCCACGCCGGACCAGUUGUCACGCCGCUUCCCUCAUCUGGAGUCCUUGAAACUCAAGGGGAAGCCACGCGCCGCCAUGUUCAAUUUGAUUCCCGAGGAUUGGGGCGGAUACGUCACCCCUUGGGUUAGGGAAAUUGCUAGAUCUUUUCCAAAGAUGAAAUCGCUUCACUUUAGGCGAAUGAUUGUCAGUGAUGCGGAUCUUGAGCUGCUUGCCACCACUAGAGGUAGGGUUCUGGAGGUUCUUAAGCUGGAUAAGUGCUCCGGAUUUACUACGCAUGGGCUUCUCCAUAUCGCUCGGUAUUGUAGGAAUUUAAAGACCUUGUUUUUGGAAGAGAGCACCAUCAUAAAGGAGCAUGAUGGUCAGUGGCUCCAUGAAAUUGCAUUGAAUCACACAGGUCUUGAACAUUUGAACUUCUACAUGACAGAUCUUGACAAAGUUGAAUUUCAAGACCUUGAGCUAAUUGCCAGAAGGUGUCCUCUAGUCUGUUUAAAGAUUAGUGAUUGUGAUAUUUUAGAUCUUGUUGGCUUCUUUCGAGCUGCAGUUACCCUUGAAGAGUUUGCCGGUGGUUCCUUUAAUGCUCAACCAGAACUGAAUGGUGAUGGUGAUUCGAAUGACCAACUAGGAAGAUACUCUGCUGUGACAUUUCCUCAAAGAUUAUGCCAGUUGGGUCUGACAUACCUGGGAAAUGGUGAAAUGCCAAUUGUAUUUCCUAUUGCUGCCCGCCUUAGAAAAUUGGAUCUUCUUUAUGCUUUUCUUGACACAGAAGGCCACUGUAUCUUAUUGCAAAGGUGUCCUAAAUUGGAAAUUCUUGAGACGAGGAAUGUGAUUGGAGAUAGAGGAUUGGAGGUUCUUGCUCAUUAUUGCAAGAGGUUAAAAAGGCUGAGGAUUGAAAGAGGUGCUGAUGAACAAGAAAUGGAGGAUGAAGAAGGUAUUGUUUCACAAAGAGGAUUAAUAGUCCUUGCUCAGGGAUGCACUGAACUGGAAUAUUUGGCUGUAUAUGUUUCUGAUAUUACAAAUGAGGCUCUGGAGUGUAUGGGGAGAUACUUGCAGAACCUUUGUGAUUUUCGCUUGGUAUUGCUGGAUGGAGAAGAAAAGAUAACUGAUCUUCCACUUGACAAUGGAGUUCGAUCUCUGUUAAUUGGUUGCUCUAGGCUUAAAAGGUUUGCUCUGUAUCUUAGGGCUGGGGGUCUCACUGAUGUUGGUCUCAGUUAUAUUGGGCAGUACAGCCCAAAUGUAAGAUGGAUGCUUCUUGGUUGUGUAGGGGAAUCAGACGCUGGUCUUCUGUCAUUUUCUAGAGGCUGUCCUUGCCUGCAAAAGCUGGAAAUGAGGGGCUGUUGCUUCAGCGAACAAGCACUUGCUCUCGCUGUAUUGCAGUUAAAUUCCCUGAGGUAUUUGUGGGUGCAAGGUUAUAGGGCAUCAUCUGUGAAUGGGCAGGAUCUAUUAGCCAUGGUGCGCCACUACUGGAACAUUGAAUUGAUUCCUGCAAGGGGUGUUCUUGUUAAUAAUCCAAAUGGUGAAGAUGUUGUACAUGAUCAUCCUGCUCAUAUACUUGCGUAUUAUUCACUUGCCGGACAGAGAACUGAUUUUCCGGAAACUGUUGUACCUUUGGAGCCAGCAGCUUUUCUUGCUAUAUGAACUUGUAUAUACACCACCAUCUCGGAGAUUUUGUUGUUCUUUCAGUUGAGUCUUCUUGGUUAAGCCUGCUGUUCAUAAAUUCAAGGUUUUUUUUUCUGGGGGACAAGUUUUUCCUCUAUUCAUUUCAAUAUUCCUGUACGUUUUUGUUCCCUUGUAAUAAGCAAGCUUUCUGGUGAUCACAAGGUGACUUUACUUCCUGACUCGCUAUACUUAGCCGUUACUUAAAAAGUUUCAGGAGAUGACGAGUUGUUGCGGCCUUGUAGCAGUUUCAGCUGUCACACAUAUGUGUUCAGUUUGUGUGGGAAGUAGGCAAAUUUUUUCGA